AAUCCAAUAUAAUUAAAAAACGACAAUGGUUGGCGUUUUCCGGCGAUCUCUAUCUUUCCCGAACAAAAUCCCCAGCAGAACACCAUCAAAGCCGUCAAUAUCUCAUCACAUCAGAUCCAUCAGUCUUCCAUGCAGAUCUCAUCCGUUGAUUUCCCAGCUCAGGGACGGCGUUGCUGAGCUUCACUGCUGGGUAACCCAACCGGAAUGUCGGACCUCCGUUUGGCUGACCAACGGGUUGACCCGACUGAGAGACCUCCACGACUGUCUCCACGAUAUUCUUCAGCUUCCACAGACCCAAGAAUCUCUCCGCCGAUUACCCAGCUCCGUCGUAGAGAAUCUUCUAGAAGAUUUCCUCCGCUUCGUAGACGUGUACGGUAUUUUCCAGACCUCGAUUCUGGUAAUCAAGGAAGAACAAUCAGCGGCGCAAGUGGGUUUACGAAAGAGAGACGAGUUAAAGGUUUCUCUUUACGUCAAAGCUCGAAAGAGACUGGUUAAAGAAAUGGGAAAGCUUAUCACGGCGGUAAGAUUCAUUAACGGUAGAUCGGCACCGCCGUUAGUUUGCGUUGGCGACGCCGAAUUAUCCAACGCCAUUGGUGACGUCGUUGAGGUGACGGUGACGGUUUCUUUGGUGCUGUUUAACGUGAUAGCGACGUCGUUUGGAUCAAAAAAGUCAAGUAAUUGGAUGGGACUGAGAAGGUUGAAGAAGAAGAAGAAGAAGAAAGGUGGGAUUUUUGUUGAAGAUGAAGGGAUUGUGGAGUUUGAAGAAGUGGAGGCAGAGUGUGGGUUGGUGGGGUUGAGGAAGAAAAGCGAUGAAGAGAUUAGAAAAGCUUCGAAGAAAAUGCAGGAACUUGAAGCCAUUAUUGGUGGGAUUGAGAUUUGCGGAGAAAGGAUAUUCAGGGGUUUGAUCAAUGCUCGAGUUUCUUUCCUCAACAUUCUCACAAUGUAGAAACAAAAACAAAAUUAUUAUUAUUAUUAUUUUUUAAGGAAAAAAUUAAAAAUAUUUUUUUAGAGAUAUUAAAUUUGUGCUGUUUAUUUAUUAUUUAUUUUUUUUAUUACGAAAAAAAAAGAGUUAAAUAGAGAUUGAGUUUUUGUACA